CACCGACGUCAGAGCUGGUACCGACUAAUGUUCCUCACCGUCCUGCUGCAGGACUUCAACUCCUCGUCUUACCUUUUUAUACAGACAUCAUACCGACAGCUUUUACUGCAGCUUUCAAGUUUCCACUCGACAUAUGCACUAAAACAUACGUUACAGUAAUGUAAACUGCAUUGGAAAUGCUCUGCGAACCGUAACAGCGACUGUUAACGUUGCCCAGCUCGCACUGAAACGGCAUAUGGCUAACGUAAAUGCACCGAACAUGUCUGGUCGAUGAGAAAACAACCGGUGGUAUUCUGUUGCUUUCAACUUUUCAGGUGUGGUGGUGUGCCCAUGGAGAAGCCAUCAUCUUCAGGCAAAGCAGCACUGGAGGAGCGAAAAGGUUUGGUGGAGGAUGGUGGAGUGCUGAGAGGUGCUGAAGGUGGAGAGGUGGAUCCUCAGACCCCGAGGAAGAGCAGCUCCUCCCGCUCCUCCCGCAAGAGCUUCCGUCUGGACUAUCGGUUGGAGGAGGAAGUGACAAAGUCCUGUCGAGACAAACAUGGCCGCUGGACCAACCCCUGGUCCACAUGGCGGUUCCCUUCCUACUCAGUGCUGCUCAGAUUCUUGUUUUUGGAUAAAAAUAACAGCAAUGUACCAACUUCUAAAGAGGCCCUGGACAGCGAGCUCCCAGUGAUGGAACCGUACUUUGUCAAGAGCCCAGACCUCUCUGACACUGGUCCAGGUCUGAGAGUCACCUGGCUGGGUCACGCCACAGUUCUGGUGGAAAUGGACGGACUGAAUAUUCUGACAGACCCAGUCUUCAGCCAGAGGGCCUCGCCUUUCCAGUUCAUGGGGCCGAAAAGGUACAGAGGGCCUCCCUGCACUGUGGAACAGCUGCCCAGGAUCGAUGCUGUCGUCAUCAGUCAUUCUCAUUAUGACCAUCUGGAUUCUGGAUCUGUGGCCAGCCUGAACACACGCUUUGGAGGGGAGCUACGCUGGUUCGUGCCCCUGGGUUUGAUGGACUGGUUGGUGAAAAUGGGCUGUGAGAAUGUGAUGGAGCUGGACUGGUGGGAGGAGAACUGUGUCCCGGGCCAUGACGACGUGACAUUUGUCUGUACACCAUCGCAGCACUGGAGCAAACGCACAGCUCUGGAUGAUAACAAGUCUUUAUGGGGCAGCUGGUCUGUUUUGGGUCCGGACCAUCGAUUCUUCUUCGCUGGUGAUACUGGCUACUGCUCUUCCUUCCAGGAGAUAGGACGACGCUUUGGACCAUUUGACCUCGCAGCGAUCCCCAUCGGAGCGUACCUGCCCAGGGAUGUGAUGCAGGGGCAGCAUGUGGAUCCAGAGGAGGCAGUUCAGAUUCACCAGGACCUUCAGGCCAAACAGUCUGUGGCCAUUCACUGGGGGACCUUUGCGCUUGCCUAUGAGUACUACAUGGAGCCACCGCUUCGUCUCAGAGAGGCCCUGGAACAGAAGGGGUUGAAACCAGAAUCCUUCUUCACCUUGCAUCAUGGGGAGUCUCGCCUCAUAACCUCACAGGAAGGAGACGUCUUUGACUGAUGGCCAUCCUCUCUGCAGCGAUCGUGCGCUGAGAUACCGUAGAUUUGUGUCUGUAACAAAGAGCAGAACAUUUUUAUUAAAUAUAGAUGGACUUCAAUAGUUAAAGUAUGUGAUGUGUAUGCAGCUUUUUCCCAAGUGAAAAUUAAACAUGUUCAAUACUGUUUACAUCCUGAGUGUUUACCCUGCCAUCACAUGGUCACUGGUGAACAUUACAGCGUAGACGAGAAGUGACUCCACUCAAAAGCAAUUAGAUCUGUUCAGUUUACACAAAAAACAUUUUCUUAAUUCUUAAAAGCAAAAAUUAGCUCAGUGAAUGUGGUAUGAAAAGUUGAAAAAACGUAAUACUUAGAUGAAUAAAAUCUACUUCAAUUCUCUUAAUGUUAACACUGAAAAAUAAGCACAUGUAUCAGGAAAAAGAAAUUGCUGUUUUUGAAAUCCCAAAGAAGAAUAAUUGCAUUUAGAACAUUUUCUGCAGUGUGUGAUAACUUGUAUUUUGGUGCACAUUAAUUUGAGAAGCUUUUGUAGUCUGCACCUUUAAGCCCUGACAAGGACAAAUUUCUGGCAGAUGCAAUGUUCCAGACCAGAGGAGUGAGUUAAAAACCACUGAAAAGAAAAGCCUGCUUGUUCAUGCCUUUGGGUUUGUGGAAACUUACUCAUCAAUUGACCAAAAUGUGACCAGAAUUCUAUUUCUGACUUUCUGAACAUCAACAAAUCAGAAUUAAAAAUAGUUGAGAUGCAACAAGAAUUAAACUCACUUGGAGUAAAUGACUCUGGUCUGAAGUUACUUAAGUAACCAGCGCUCUUAAAUUUAAAUAUAAACGUAGGUAAUGUUUGUGCACAGGGAGGAGUGUAGAGUUGAAUGACAAACCUUCACUGUGAAGCUGGGCAGGAGACUGCAGGCAGUGUGAUGCAGCUUCAUAUUCACACACAGCUGGACACCGCUUCUCGAGGGCUGUAAUAUCAAAGAGAAAAUAAAGUAUAAGAAAGUUAUUUAGACUAAUGAUUUUCAAGGACUGGUGCUAAUGUCACACUACAGUACUGUCUUUUUCUGCAGAAUGUAUUCUGGCCAACCCCAAACUACACAAGACACAAAAAAAAAAAGUGCUAGAAGAACUUAUAUUUUGUCUGUGAUAUAAAUACCUGUGUGCUUCUAGAAAAUGCAGCUGAAAUCUUGUUAGAUUUAUGCACAAGUUGAGCUGGGUUCAACUUCAUGCACUGCAGAUACUGUGCAUUGUUCCUGCAUCACACAUUUGCUUUUGAUGAGCUGAAACCACAGCAUAUUUUUUUCUUUUAAAUCAGUGUGAUCAUCCACAUUUGCACUUCUUAGAACUUCAGUUAACAGAUGUGUUUGCUUCCGUUAGCAACGGCAGAACGAUUAGUUAGUGCUCAAUUCAAAUGAUUUGAAUUUUUUUUUUGUUUUUAUUUUUAAUGCCAUAGCUUUAAGGCCAAUCUGUAAGAACAGGUAACAGCACAAUGUUGAGUUAAUUUAAUAGCCUGCUUAGAAUUACAUGGUCAAACAGGGCCAGCUGUGGUUUAGUUUGGGUCUGUGUCAAUGAAUUUCCCAUUAAAUAUACCUUGUAUUUCAAA